UGAUUUUUAGCCAUCCAUUAACUUUUCCCCCUAAACGGGCGUUUCCCCUGCUAACAAACGCCACUCCCUGCGACUAAACAUCACAACCUAAAGACGAAGGAAAACUGAAAGAUGGCCAUCGGCGAGCAGCAAGGGAGACAGCCAGUGUUGGCGGAGUGUGGUAAUCAGAAUGGCCGCGUCGACGACCUCAUCCUGGCGGCGCUUAUUAGGAAAGAGACAGUCGCCGCCAACUCCUCUUCGUCUUCUUCAACCACCGCAGCUCGCUUCCUUCCGCCCGGCCACAUUCAUUUCUCGAUGGGCUCUGUAUCUCGCCGGAGGACCAUCGAUCACCACCACUUGCAUAGAUUUUUCUUAUUUCCCUUCGAACUCCGCUACCACCACCGCAGCUUUGUGUUGCUCUUCUGCAGCCACACCAACCUCAUUUACUUCGGAGUUCACUUCUAUUAUUAUCGACGGCGAGAAACUUUCAAAAGAAAUCAGAGACGAAAUUAGUGCUGAGAUAACUAAGAUGAAGAUUCUAUAGGGCUCAUUCCUGGUGUGGCAGUCAUUCUGGUUGGCGACAGGAAGGAUUCUGCAACUUAUGUUCGCAACAAGAAAAAGGCAUGUCAAGAUGUGGGGAUCAGUUCCUAUGAGGUGCGAUUACAUUAAGAUUCAACAGAAGAGGAAGUUCUUAAGCAUAUAUCCAGAUUCAACGAUAAUCCAUCCAUCCAUGGUAUUCUUGUCCAGUUGCCUCUACCUUUGCAUAUGAUGUCUGCAUAAUAGGUGGGUGAUGAGAAUUAGGGUUCUUGUGUCUGUGUUUAUUGGGGUGUGGUUUAAUAGCAGGGAAAAGGCGUCUUGCAGGGAAACGCCCGUUUAGGGAAAGUUAGUGGAUGGCUAAAAAUCAAGGCAAAAGCUUUAAUAUGUGUUUAUUUGGUCUAGUAAAAAGCUAAGUGUCCGAUCCGAGAUUCAUUAAAAACGUUAGUGUUAUUUUUGGUCCUUCUCCCGUAGAACAUUAUAGCCAGCAACAUGUCUGAUGGCAUUACUUUGCAAGGGAAAAAUUAAUUCGGUUAAUUCUAAGGCAAUAAUUACUUGGUUAUUUUACUUGGUUUACACCUCGC